CGUCGCUGUUUUGCGGUAUCGAACAGCGAAUAAUAUUUUUUUAUUAACAGAAAACCUAGUAAAUAAUCAAUUAGACACCACUGAUAUGUACUUACGUCCCACACAUUGAUUUAUUAAUAAGUGUCACUAGCUAUAACAAUGAUUACGCUUAAUAGGAAGUUAAAAAAGGAACAUACGGAGCCCACGAACGGUAUUAAAGUGGAAACGAACAAACGGAUAUCGGUUAGGGAUAAGUUGCUAGUGAAAGAGGUUCAGGAGAUGGAGGAGAACCUUCCGGGAACGUGUUCUGUGCAGUUUGAAGACCCGAACGUGCUCAGCGAGUUCAUUUUGACAGUGGCGCCUGAUGAAGGUUUUUGGCAAGGGGGGAAGUUUAAAUUCAGUGUUUUCGUCACUGAAGACUAUAAUAUGGCUCCUCCAAAAGUGAAAUGUCUGACUCGGUUAUGGCACCCAAACAUAAAUGUGGAUGGCGACAUUUGCUUGUCCCUUCUACGGCAGACCUCCAUUGAUGAGCAUGGCUGGGCGCCCACUCGGAGACUCAAGGAUGUGGUGUGGGGCCUCAACUCUUUAUUUACUGAUCUCCUAAACUUCGAAGACCCUCUCAACAUCGAAGCAGCCGAGAUGUACAAAAAGAACAAAAUCGAUUUCCAAGCUAAAGUCCAGGAGUACAUAUCAGGAGCAAAAGGCAAGAGAUGAAAUUCGGUUUCCUCGCACAGCCUUCUUAGGAAUCUUUGUACAUUGUUCAUAAUUUUUAUCUACCAUUAUUUUGUAGGUAAAUAUUUAAUACUCCAAAAGUGAUAUAUAUUUAAAUAAUUCACAUAAUAAUGAUGGUGUGUUUUGGUAGCUGUGAUUUUGUAUGGUUGUGUUUAUUUGAUUUGGUUAUUUUGAUAGGCAAUUAUUUUAAUCAUUACAAAAGUAAUUUUAAUGACAUUUCGUUGUAUAUUUACUAAUCAAUUAACCAGACAUUGUGUGACUCACACAAAUAUCUUGAUAUGUGAGUGUGCAUGAGAAAACAUCCCACUUUGUAGAUUGCUAUAAAGCCGCUUUGUCUGUUUAUUCAUAUAAAGAUACAAGUAAAUCUCGCCUUAAUGGUAACCGACAAAGUGGGACGUUUUACUAAACACACUCACAUAUAAUUACACUAGUAGCUACAAACUUUAGUCAAAAUAAUGCAGCAAUGGUCAAAAUUUUGUUUGCUUGUUCAUUCCAUUGUGACAACAAAAGAAAUUGAUUAUUAUUUUAAUAAAAAUUCAAAUUACGCUUUUUGAUUUCAUGACAUGAAAUUAUAUUUAUAUCUUUUGUGUUUUUCGCUGGAAUAACCCCUUAACAUAUUUUUACACUUAUAAUGUAUUAAAUGAUCUUUGCAGUGAAUGCAAUGUUCUAGUCAUGCAAUGGAUUUAAAUCUAUGCCAGUAUGUUUGAUUACCAAAUAAUAACAUAACAAUAUUCCAACCUACACAGCCCACAAAUGGGCACAGGGCUACCCUCACCCAUUAAUUUUCCUAAAACAUCUUUAUUCUUCAUAAAUAACACUGUAUGAAGUUGAUAAAAAUAAUCCUUUAUGUUCCAAACUUCGAUAUUUGAAUUGAACCUCAAGCUGAAAUGGGACACCUACGUUUUUAUUUUUCCCGACGUUCCGGACGCGACCGUGACCUUACGUUCGUGGUCACAGGCAGACUGGCCCGAGUCAUAUCAUCUUCUAACCGUACGAGUUUUUCCAACUACCCUAACUUUUCUUAGUUAUCUUAUUAGCCGGGUCCACACAGAUCGAGGCAAUGUUCUCACGUGGCAAACGUCCGUUCUAGAUCUAGACGCGCCUCGGCCGAGGCGGGUUGCUUCCCCCUUGCGGGUUGCCUCGGCCGAGACACGUCUACAACUACAAAGCACGCUUGCCUCGCGAGAAAAUUGCCUCGACGUGCCUCGCUGUGUCGACCCGGCCAAUCACUUUUACGCUUUUCAUUUCUUUUCACACUUAUUCAUUAACUUUGUAACUGGGCCAUUUUUUUCAAAGUUGUCCACCCCACUUUUUUUGUAACAUGGGUAUUUUUUACGCGACUAAUACUCAAAAUCACGAGCUCUUUCGAUCCUGAUAGGAGAAUAAAAAUGUCCCAAG